AAUAGUUCUUUCAUUUUAAAAUGUUUUCAGUUUGAAAGAAAGAUUGCAAAAAUAUCGUACUUCACAAAAUGUAAACAUUGCAGAAGGACGUAUCAAUUGCUGUACUUGAUAAUCGUUUUUAUCGCGAUGUGACGGUGUUGAUAAGAUUACGAUUUGAAAAAUCGAGAUACGAAUUAUAUUCGGAUAACCAAUUUAUUUUCACUCAUUCUAACAUCAGAAUUCAUCGCUUGGCGUGUAGUCAAUUUCCGUGCGAUAAGCGCCGGAUACCAUCGAUUGCUCGCAGAGUAAACUUCCUGUGGCGUAAACUCGAGGAAGUCUUCUGCAAGUUUGUCCAUGCAAAGUUUCAAGCAACACAGUAUUUCGGAAUUCGCUUGCGAGCAGCCUAAAUGUCAAAGCAUUGUGCAACAAACCCAUACGAACCAAAAUAUUAAAACGAACGCUACAAAGAUAUUCUUUUGGACAAAGAACGUAUCUUCAAAAUUAUUCGCAAAGUGAAAUUCGUCCAAGAGAAUUAAGCACUUAUUGGAAAGUAUGCCAAGCAUUCCUUUAUCUUGUUCAAUUUUUCUUGCUCCUGAUUGCGUCCUUCGCGUUAUAUCUGGAGUCCAGUGCGACCGAGCUGCUGAUAAAUCUGCGUCAGCAUCCGAACUUUUAUCAUGUUGGCCCCGGUCGGUGCCAACACUAUCCGCGCAUGCGCGGGUGCUCGUUUAAGCUGAACCUCUUUAUUGGCGGGACAAAGCACUGUCGUAUAUGACCAUGGGUCCAGGGUCUUCAAAAAUAAACACGAUACCGAGUGAAAACCAUUUUUCUCAAUCUACUUUUUCAUUUUUACAGCAAAACUUUUGAAAACGAAUACGGAGAAAUAGGAUACGGGAACUUCCAAAAAAAUUUCAUUCUAUUUUCUAAAGCAGACAUGACCCCGCAAGCUAUCAACUCUCUGGCUCUGCCCAGAUUUAACGUUACUGGUGAUCGCGGUUCCAAUUUAUUUGUUCGAGUAAUAAUACAAAUACUAAGACUCUUAUUUCGACGACUUCGCGAAGCGUGCCCCGGUUUAUUGGCCACAUCGUCCGUAUAUUCUGCCAGCACUGCAUGAAACGAACGAAUGGAUACGAAGUUCUCGGCUGCAGCAAUGUCACUGCGCGCUGUUUGUACUUGGUCGGCAGCCGGGUGGGGGAUGCUCAUCUCGCUUACCCUUCUUUGUCUGAGUAUACACGGACACACUACUUUUUCGGGCUGUCCAUCGCAGUACGUUACCACUGACUAAAAACGUUGCCCAGGCAAAUAAUGCAGUGGAAGUGGAUGUAUGCAACAAGACAUAUUGAAACUCUAAUUACAUCCUAACGCGUUAAAUGGUGAAGACACCUUUAUAUGAUGUGACACGCUAAUUUCAAUUGUUCACAACAUCAUCGUAUCUUAAUUUAAACUUCCUAGUCCUGGUCAAACAUACUAUUUGACCUUUUCUUUUAUUUUCCAUUCACUUAUUCGAUUAUGUUAAAUUGGUCAGCGUGAGCGUAAAUACAGUCAAUAUGUUAAUAGUCCGAUAUUCUUGUAGAUGAAUCAUAUAAAUAUUGUCAAUCUGCCAAUCUCAUCGGCUUAAAAUUUAAGCUCGAAAUGGAAAUGUGCCACCUGUCUAUCGGACAGAUUCCAACGGCACAAUAUCUGACCACUCGAUAACAUAUCUCCAUUGAUUUAAUUGCAAAGUACAAAUCGUUUAAAACGACUCGUACCAGAACUCGUAUUUAAAUUGCUGAUUCGUUAAUCUGAGAGGAGAAAAUUCGACGGUCCUUUCAAGGGGAUUUGCGAGUGUUACACUUCCGUCGACACUGCAGAAAGCGAGAUUGCAUUGCCGAAGAUAAAGUAACGAUUUCAUUCCGUCAGCAAGUAGCUGGCCCGAAUAGGUGCUUUACCCUACCCCCUAUUGAUCGUAAAUCGUCGGAGAUUAAAUGUGACCAAACGUCGAAAGCGUCCAAUACGAACAAGAGCACUUCUUUACGAUCGGGCGACAAGCACGUUUGCAAUUAUUGGAAAAAUCCAAGCCGUACAGCAUUAAAGCUCCAUUGAAUUAUUUGAUCGUUGAAACUUUUUUUCGAAUACGCGAUAUUUUGUGAUAUGUUCGAACCAACAAGAUUACGCGUUAACUAACGCAUGAACAUACAGAUCCAAUUGCAGAUGCAUGCGUGGCGAUUGUGCAACAGAAUGAUCAUGCUAGUCCUGUACGGUGAACUUGCACACCUACGCCGGAUGACCCUGCGUCGGAUUAACACGCGUUGAUAACUUCGGAAAACUGUAGGAAGGAAUCCAGAUCCUCCGUUGUUAUUUCCUUGAUCCCGUAAUUGUUAUGUUCGACUGAAAAUAGUUGGAAGUAGCAGGAAAGUGUGUUCGGUUUCUGGCGCAUUCGGUAUACGUAGGUGUGCGUGCCGAGUUUUCCGCAAGAACGGGGAAAACGCGAAGGACGAGGCGCGAUCGUCUGGCUUGGCGUGGUCUUGGUGGCGUGGUUCGUUUCGGAGUGGGAGUAGAGGAACGGGUGGCACCAGAGGGUGGCUCUGUGCCGCGUAAUCGUAUCGCAUGCAGUCGUCUAGCGUGAGUCCGCGCGAGUGGAUUGUCGAGGUCGCAUCGCAUCGUCUCCUCGGGUUCUGUCUUCGAACGUCGAGGCAGCUUCGCUUCGGCCGAACAACCCUGUCCGUCAAAAUCGACCCUUUAGUUUUGCCACGCUCGAUCACGGACAACGAACGCGGGCAUUAUGCGCGUUGCCAGAGGGCGCGUACGCGUGAACCAGUCGACAAACGUCGUACCAGAAAAGGGUGAAAUCGUAAACGAGCCUCGGAUGUUCGCGCGCUUACCGAGUCUUUGACACACUGGGUCAAAACUUGAUCCUUAGUAGAAACGGGCCGAUUCGCUCGUAGAAACCUCGCGUUUUAUCGUCCUGUCUGGCCACCAACCCCUUAUCCCCGCCUCGUUUAUCCUCCUCUCCCUCGAACCCGCUUCUUUUCGACCUCCGUGUGUACUUUGAACCUUCAUAAGUACGCUUCAGGACUUAGACUAGCCCCGUAUCGUUGAUUUGCCCAUUUGCGAACCGCGUAGAGCAAAAUAUUGUAGCGAUUGUAACGUAAUAUCGAUAAGUGCAACGACGAGGAAGGGUUACGUUCUUUUUGUUUGCUCGCGUCCGAGAAGAGUCUUCGAAGACGAUUUUAGGUGAACACCGCGCUUCUUCAUCUACUGGCACACGAUUUUUGUUUCGUCGACGUCUCCGAGUUCGCCACGAGACUCUCUUGGUGGACAAACGAUCUUCGGCAGACGAGAAGAAAGGCAAACAUUCAAGAUGACCUCGUGACGAGCGAGCGAUGCGACGGUGAACGAAAGAGAAUGCUCGAUAGUCGGUAAAAGUUGACGAACGAGGAACAGCGUGGAGAGGAAUUAUGCCGGACAAAAUUCGAGGCUGUCGAGAUGGACAACGCGACAAAGAUUUCUUUGCCGACGAGAUAUCGUCCAUCGGCAUGUCGCUGCGGCCCAGCGGUAGCGCUUCUUCCGGCAUUUCAACCCUUGCAAGUUGCGGCGAAGUGGACGCGUUGCCAGAACUCCCGGCACAGGACGAGGAACGAUUGCAACGCGCAGCGCGUUUGCUGCAACAGAGACUCGUUUUACGUCAGUGGUUGACGGACCAUGGCCUGCAUAGCCACUACCAAAAGCUGAUGCAGAUGGAAGUGAUGUCUCUCGAGGACGUGUACUGGGUAGAAGAGAACACGGUACGGGCAGCUUUUGGCAAAGAUCUACAACGGUGGAACGAGGCCAGACAGACAUUGCCUAUUUCGAAGGAAGAUUUAGAAACCCUCAAGGCUGAUCUUUGGAGCGCCGUUGUCAAGAACAGCCAACAUCAAGACGCCUGGACAUGGGGUGGAAUGUUAGUAGUUUCCGUGUCGGUAGCAGGGCUGGUGACCCUAGCUGCUAUGACACAGCCAGCCCUAGCACCAGAAGCAAAACACUCCCUCCUGCAGUACGUAACCGGAAAGUAUUUGUUACCAAGCAACUGCCGCGUUCACUUCGAAUGGGACGAGCCACAGCUCGUAGGGGAGACAAUGACUUUUACCGUGAAGUUUUAUCAACGCAACGGCCAACCGUAUCCGAUCUGUGACAAGGACAAUUUAAUCGUAGAAGUCACAGAAGGCACGCGAAGGGUGGCGACCGUAAUUGAGUUGGGAGGCACCGACCCGUUAGCUGCUAACACCGCAGUAGUCAAGUUUACUGUCCGCCAUGCUGGACAAUAUCGAAUAGCCGUACUUAUUGGUUCGUGUCACGUUCACGGAAGCCCGUUUCUUAAGAAUUUUCUUCCUGGUCCUCCAGAUCCAAAUAAGACAGUCUUCGUACGGCAAAGUUCUACGGUAGUUUGUACAGCUGGAAUUGCACACUCUAUGACAAUAGAGCCACGAGACGAAUACGAUAAUUUGUGCGUAUUUGGACCUGGAGAUAAUCCUACGGAAGGAUACCAAGUCAAUAUUACUCAGAUUGGGAAUGUAGUAGAUAAAUCGGCGGUUACGAAUUGUAGUAUACAGCUUGAUUACGACUCUCCGAAUCAAAGGAUUCGGUUGAAAGUUAGCUUCCCAAAGGGUGGUUGUUAUCACGCGACAGUCAGUUUAGCUGGACUGCAAUUGCACAAUGGGGAUUUCGACAUCAUUGUACUCGAAAGUGAUGUUGCAAGAAUGGUACACAACAACGUUGCUUCGAAGGACCCCGACAUUUGUUACGCUGCAAAAUUGUUAGGCAUGCAAGGCGAGAAAUUUUCAAAGCCGAAAAAAGUUUUCUGUUUUAUUUCGCCUAAGCAGCUCACCAUCAAGGAAUAUUUGUUGAGAAUAAUACCGAAGAGACUCGUUACUUUCAGGCUUUGUCCUUCUACCAAAUUUCAUUUUGAUUGUUCGAAUAAUCAAUACGAUGGUUACGACUCUUUCUCUAUCGACGAUGGAUGUCAGCCACCCGUCGAAUUGAUUUCUCUGUACAGAGAUAUAAUAGCCGCUACAUUUACGUUGUUCCUUUUGAAGAACAUAGGUGGAAGCGAAACUUUUGCCGAUAAACAAGAUUUCUUUUAUCAUGAAGUUCGAAAACAUCAUCAGAAACAUUAUCACGAAAAACUUUCGAUGAAAGUUCAAAGGGACAAAUUACUGGAAUCGUCUAUGAAAGCCACCAAAGGAUUUUCCGUGAGCGACUGGUGCAGAAAUUUCGAAAUCACUUUCCAAGGUGAACAAGGCGUCGAUUGGGGAGGCGUUAGACGAGAAUGGUUCGAACUAAUUUGCGCGGCUCUAUUCGAUUCAGGAAACGGCUUAUUCGCUUCCUUUGGAGAAUCCCAGCAAGCUUUGGUACAUCCCAAUAGUAAACGGCCUCAACACCUCAAGUUAAAGCACUAUGAGUUUGCAGGUCGAAUCGUGGGCAAAUGCCUGUAUGAAUCUGCACUUGGUGGUUCCUAUCGCCAAUUAGUUCGUGCAAGAUUUACAAGAUCAUUUCUUGCGCAAAUCAUAGGCCUCAGGGUACACUACAAGUAUUUCGAGCAGGAUGACCCAGACCUAUACCUAAGCAAGAUAAAAUAUAUUCUUGAGAACGACGUGGAGGAAAUGGAAUUGUAUUUUGUUGAAGAAGAGUACGAUAAAGAUGGUCAAUUAUUAAAAGUAGCCGAGUUAAUACCAGGAGGCAGUAAAAUUCGUGUCACGAACGAAACGAAACUGCGUUAUUUGGAUGCAUUGGCACAACACAGACUAGCCAGUUCUAUACGAAACGAGGUAGAACAUUUUCUAAGGGGCCUGAACGAGCUCAUCCCCGACAACCUUUUAGGAAUAUUCGAUGAAAAUGAACUAGAAUUGUUACUAUGUGGAACUGGAGAAUACAGCGUGGCAGAUCUACGAGCGCACCAUAUAGCUAAUGGGAGUUCUCCGGAGUUUCUCCGAGUUCUGGAUUGGUUCUGGACAGCAGUUAGUAAUUUCACACAGGAGGAGAUGGCCCGAUUACUACAAUUCACUACAGGUUGCUCGCAAUUACCACCCGGUGGAUUCCAACAGCUAAAUCCACGAUUUCAGAUCACAGCAGCACCAACAUUUGCUAAUUUGCCUACAGCACAUACUUGCUUCAAUCAACUCUGCUUACCAGAUUACGAGUGUUACGAUCACUUCGAACGUGCUUUAUUAUUAGCGAUUAGCGAGGGAACCGAAGGUUUUGGUAUGAUUUAAAAAGGAUUAUCUGUCCAUUAAUUUCUAGUCUUAUCUAACAACGACGGUAUUAAACAUUUAUUUAAUUCUUCUUUUAUAUUAUUAAUAUAGUUUUACUUAAGAAAAAAAUUAAUGUAACUUUUUCCCACGACGAAAUCAGAGGAAACCACCUUUAUUGCACACUUUGAUACGUGACUUAGAAAUUUUUUAAAUUUCCCCUUUUGUGUUUUGCUAAACGACUAUCAAAGAACAAUCUAAUGUUUCAAAACAUAAAAACAAUGACAUAUUGAUAUUUUUACUGGCUUGCGGUAACGUUUUUAUAAUGAGGUGAUACAAAGAGCAAUCUUACAGGAACAUCUAAAUUGCUCAAUUUACUGUAUCAAGGUUUGUUGUAGUUUAAAAGUAUUGUAAAUUUUAUUACUUAUAAAAGUAGAUACGUACGUACGCGUUCCUCAAGCCGUAAGAUUUGAAAUAUUCAGCUCUGCAGUUCUAUCGAGAUACGAUUAAGUAUUCAAUCUUUUUUAUUUUAUAGUUAUUGCAAUAGAUGAAGUAGAGUAUGUACAAUAAAGUCUGACUUGUUCUUUUGCGAUAUCAUUUUUUUCUUUACGUUUCUUACAUCCAGUAUUCAGAAAAUAUUCGUACAAAUUAAUAGCCAAAGUUGAAAAACGAUCUCUAAACUCUUUGUAGAUGUAGUUAUCAUCUUUUUUUCACGUUUGCGGUUUUUCUUUUCAAAUUUAUUCCUAAAAAUAGCGAGUCAACGAGUACGAUCAAGUCCAAUCUCAGAAUCGUAGGGCAGCAUUAUUUGUUGUCGCGAUUAAUAUAUGCAAUAACAGAUGUUUUUAGAACGACUAGCAAAAGUUACAUAUUACACCUAACGAUGUACUCGACCGUGUAAGACGAUUUUGUGAUAACAAGAGCGAAUCUUCCAACCGAAAUACGUGCCGUCUCUUCGCUUACCGUAUAAGAAAAGCAUCAAGUAAAACCAAACAUGGAUCCAUCGUAAUGGCAGAGUAGGAUACCGCAGAGAUGUUGUUAUCAAACGAAACGGAAAAUCAUAAUUUUAUCUUGUACUUAAGUACACAAUAAUGAGAAAUGUGAUCAGACACGUCGUAUUUGUGUCACUCGUACGUGGUUACUUAGAUUUUAACGGUCUACUGUAACGUGUUUGGAAAAAAUAAUAUACCGUGAGCAUCGUUGUGUUUCUCUUCGUUUCAACUCUGUAAAACACGGACACGCGCAAGCGUUAUGUAAAAUAUGGCUUAAACACGAUUACUUGUACAUAUGCAUUUGUUUGUUGUUAUUUUAUAAUAGAUAAAAAACAUUACUCAACCACGGUGAUAUUAUCCAAUGCUUAGCAAUGCUAACGGUAUCUUAUUUUUAUCAUUUUAUCAUGUUACAUCGAAAAAACAUGUAAAAUAUAGAUUAAAAAAGUAAAACAAUA